AUGAGAGUUGCUGAUCAGCAUUCUCGAUGCAUUAAUAAUCGAUCUCACCCACGUUCCUGUACUUCAGAAUGCAGACAACGUGACAAGGAUCUGGAAGAAGCUCGUUCACGUGCUACUCAACUUGAAAAAACGAUGAGAUGGUGGUCAGAUUGUACAGCUAGCUGGAGAGAAAAAUGGGCAUCAUUACGUGACGAGAGAAAUUAUUUACGAGAGAAAUUGAGUUCAACACAAAAAUCUUUAGAUGAUGCAACGGAAAUUAUAGAGACGUUAAAAUUGGAAAAACAACAAUUACUUGAAGAUUUUUAUCCAUCGAAUAAUCAACUUCAUAAAUAUAAUUCUAUUUCAACUAUGAAAUCUACCAUUAAUCCAAUUUGUUCAAUGAAACAAGAAACUAGUCAAUCAGGAAUAACAGAAUCGAAUGCAGAUCAAGAUAUGUGCGCUAUUGAAAAACGAAACAGAUCAAAAGAUAUUGGAAGUCAGUCAACUGGAUUUUCACAUAAUAAUCAACCUAUAAGAACACAAUUACUGGAAUUGUAUUCAACAAUCCGUUGGUGGAAGAAUCAAUGUAUGAAUUUAGAACAGGAGAUUCGCCAUCUGUUUGAAUCGAAUACUAAACAUUGGUCAAAGUGUAAAAUUUUAUCGCAUAAAAAUUUUCUACUUUUGCAAGAAAAUGAUCUUUUAAGAAAAGAAAUUUCUAAUCUAUGGUGUAUUCGAGAUAAUCAACAUGAUGAACGCACUGAUCCGAUUUCUUGUACAAAUAAUUAUGGACCACAAGCAUCAAAUGAAAACAUUGAGUGUGGUACAUGCAAACAAAAUAUUGAAAAUAGAGAAACAUCAGUCGAGGAUUUAUUAUUACAAUUAUCUGAAAGAGAUUGUCAGCUAGAUUUAUUACAGCGUCGUUUAUCUUUUAUGUUACACGAACGUAGUGUACUUUGUCAUCAAUUAGAAGAAAUGAGUAUAGGAAAAGAUAAAUCUGAAUAUAAAACAUAUCUUACUGCCAAGAACAUAAAAACGCAUUUCAUUGAAAAUAUUGAAACAUUAAAAGAUGAUUAUUCAAAAUACUCUUAUAGAACUGAAUUAGAUUCAAACUGCGAAACAGAAUUCACCUCUGAGGUACCUAAAAGCGUCAUCACAAAUAUAUUAAAUGAUAAAUUAGAAACAAUAUCACCAUCUGAUGAGUUCACAUUUAUGAGUAAUAAAAUUACUGAAUUGCGAAGUGAUGCGACUGAUGGAUCAUGAAAUCCACACAUAAACACUUACACUUUUUGUAUUUAGUAGAAAACUCAACAUCCAUAAAGUAUGCAGAAUUGAUAGCUCUUCUUUUAUGUUUCAAAUAUGUUCAAGUAUUUUACAUUGAUGUGUGUAUACAACGAGUCGUUGAAGAAAUACAAUAUAAC